AUGCCCACUGUGUUUACUUUACUUACUAUACCUACUGUGUUUACUUUAUUUACUAUACCUACUGUGUUUACUUUUCUUACCAUACCCACUGUGUUUACUUUACUUACUAUACCUACUGUGUUUACUUUAUUUACUAUACCUACUGUGUUUACUUUACUUACUAUACCUACUGUGUUUACUUUAUUUACUAUACCUACUGUGUUUACUUUAUUUACUAUACCUACUGUGUUUACUUUAUUUACUAUACCUACUGUGUUUACUUUAUUUACUAUAACUACUGUGUUUACUUUAUUUACUAUACCUACUGUGUUUACUUGA